AUGAGUAAUACAAACAAUAGUGAUGGAGCUAGGCCUCCUAAUGAUGGGGAGAAUCCGCUUUCGAAUGACGGUCAGAACGGUGAUUCGGGAGCAGUUGAUUCUUCUGGAAGACCAACCACAAAUAUUACUGUUUCGAUUCAAUACUCUUAUUUCACACCUACUAGUUUAACUGGGACUACUGCUGGUGGUAAUAGUGGUGAUUCAGUUGCAUCCGGUUCUAAUUCUGGGACUUCAAACAUUGGCGAUGGUGGUUCUGAAACCACCGCUGCUGGAAUACCUCCCAUGUUCCCUGUUGGAAGACCUGAUGGCUCUUUAGUAUUAUCCUUUAGAGAUGUUCCUUCCUCGACACCUCAGCAACGUUUGGAGUCUAUUAUAUCCAUUGCUGCAGAAUUAGCAAUGCGUAGAUUCAGUGAUAUGGUUAUGCCUAACAAAGGUAUUCCCAGAGAAGAGUUUGACAAACUUAAAGUGUUGAAAUUGAAGGACCUUCCUGCUGAUGCAGAUAAAACCUGUGGUGUAUGUUAUGAUGAAUUUGUUGAUGAGCCUGUACCUGGAGCCAAGAGAGAGAGAGAAACUGAUAAUAAGGAAGAUGAAGAAGAGGAAGGAUCUGGAAAUGUAAAGAGGGCAAAAGUAUCUAGUGAAAAUGAAGGCCCCCAACCAAACGAAGGGGAAACCAGACAAACAGAAAAUGGACCAAAUCAAGGCACUACAUCUACUCAAAAUUCAAAUACAUUGCCAAACCAAGAGGAAUCAAACGAGCCAGUGUAUCUUGAGUCGCCUGUAGAAUUACCAUGCCACCACAUAUUUGGUAGGGAAUGUCUCUACAAAUGGACCAGACAUGAAAAUACAUGUCCUCUAUGUAGACACAUCAUUGUUGAGUUAACCCCUGAACAAAGAAACGCUCAACAGGAAUCAAAUAACAAUAACACAGAAGCAUUUGAAAGAAUAAGACAGUUAUUAUACAGUGCAAACCCUGAAGAAGUAGUGAAUCCAUUAGCUGGAAAUAAUACCUCAGAAAAUAAUAACAAUAAUAAUAAUAAUAAUGAUAAUAAUGAUAUCACUACAGGUAAUGGCAACUCGGCACAAACUGCUUCAACUACAGAUAGUGGUACUCAAGAAACAACAGUCGGUGAUGGAAUCACCUAUUCAAGAAGAGAAAUUGUGUUUUUAAGACCAGACUACGCUAAUGGCAAUGCUACUCCUGUUAAUGUAGAACCUGCGUCAACAACUACUGCAUCUGCUCCUCAACAGGGAUCAACUACUGCCGCCACAACUAUCCCUACUACAACUAGUACCUCAGGUUCCAACAGUAACACCGAUUCUGUUCCAGCCCAACCUACCUUUUCAUUGUCAUCAACAUCAACAGCAAAUUCAGUUGAAGGCACCGAAACUCCAUCGACGACUAGUACACAACCAUCUAAUAGACCAACCGAUAGCAGUUUCCGCUGGUAUGCGGUUCCCGUAACAGUUAUUCAGUUAGGAAACGGUAACUUACCAACAGGAACUCAAACUCAAGCCUCUCCUGAAUCAGCUAAUGGAACACCUGCCUCCAGCAACAUUAACUUACAAGAUAUGUUUGGGCAGCAGAACCCUACUCCUUUGUCAAGAUCUAAUAGUUUCUGGGAUGAAAUAUUCAGUGUUGCACCACCAUUGAACUUUAGAAGACCAUUUUCAGAAAGAUCUCAAAACCAAGCUGGUGCUCCUCCAGUUCCUCCGGGGAUUCUUGCAUCACUAGCAUCUAGAUUGAGAGGGUUACGUAAUCAGAACCCUGCUACCAACAAUGUUUCUGAAGCAUCAAAUACACAACCUCCACAACCUGAAUCAUUGUUCAACACAGGUGUAGCCAGUAUCAGAGGUAGUAAUGGUGAGGUCUCAACAUUCAACAUUCAUAAUGAAGAACUUCCUUCCGUUCCACAACAUCAUCAACCUAAUAACAAUGAUAAUGAAGAUAAUGAACAAAAUACAACAGAGCAUACAAAUCCUGUAUCAGAGAAUGAUAACCAGUCAUAA